CCCGCCCAAACAAAACAACAACACAGCCUUACUGUCUCACUCUCUCACUCUCUCAGUUUCAAUGAGCCUUACAGUCGAUCGUGGUCGUCCACCGAACCUACCCUCACCGGCGAACCGGCGACCAGUCCCAACGGCGACCCCACGACGACCACAGCUCCACCGCUUCAGCCUCUACGCUGCGUGAACUCCACCGCGACGACCACCAUCAGUUCAGCAUAGAUCACGAACCAGAUUUAGAAAUGGCUUCUUCUUCUAAUGACAACAGCAACAUAAGAUUAAAACCGAGAAUGUGCAAUUGUGGAAGAACAGCUGCCAUACAUAUCGUAAAAACUAAUGAGAAUGGAAAUAAAGGGCGUUUGUUCUUUGUUUGCCCAUCAAAAUAUACUGAAAAUCCCAAUUGCAAUUACUUCAAGUUCGUGGCUGAAGAUGACGAAGAUGUGACUUCCACAAUCCGUUCCAACACUAGAGCUUCUGAUGGUGUUACAGUAGAAGACUUUAACGAGCUGAGGAGGAGGCUGUAUGACGUGGAAAAUGAACAUGGCGACUAUGGUCGAAGGCUUCGAAUGGUGGAAAAUAUUUUGAAGGCGAUGGUGUAUUUGAUUGUAUUUGCUUUACUUUUGUACUUUAUGAUGUAAUGUUAUUAUGGAUUUAUGGAUUUAAAGUUAUUAUGGAUUUAUGGAUGUAAUCUACUUUAUGAUGUAAUGUUAGUAUCCGAAAAAUUUAACUAAUGUUAUUAUGGAUUUAUGAUGUUUGUACUUUAUGAUGUUUUUAUGAAUGGAAUUUGGGAAGUUGGGAAUGA